AUGUCGUACUGGUUGGUUCAGACAACCCGGUUGUACCUGAUGGAGGGUACACCUACCAUGAUGGAGGAAGAUGAUCCUGUGUCUACCGUGAGCACGAAUCCCGAAGACGAUACAGUGCGCACGAUUCUCGAAGACGAUACAGUGAGCACGAAUCCCGAAGACGACAGGGAGAAUGCGUUGAAUGUGGUGACGCGAAGUGGACGUCGAGUCCAGAAUACUGCUUCUAAUACACAACAUACCUAUGAUACACAAACCGUACAAUAUUUGCCUUCAUCACAAAUACCUCAACAAACAAGUCAACAAAGUCAACAAAGUCAACAAUGUCAAUACAUGUCUACAGCGUUUGCGCUAUAUAAUGAUGAUGAAUCUCAAAAUAAUGAUGAUGAAUUUGAAAAAGAAGAAACGACUAGUGCUGCAAGACAUGCAUUUCAACGUAACGAAAAUAAUUAUGAUGAAAUUACGUACACAAAUUUAGACGAACACGUUUCACAAAAUUUAGGGAACAGAAGAUUGGUAGAACAAGAUAAUAUAGUCGAUAGAGAAGUCUUGUAUCGCAUUGAAGAAGACAUGAGAAGAAUCAAGAACACUUUAAACAGAUUUAGUAACAGUUUGGACCGCAUUUUGAGAUGUGUACAAAAAAAUCAGCGCAGAGUAUUAAGAAAGCCUGAUUGUUUACCUAUUUCUAUAGAGGCAGAGAUGAUUGCUUUCGAAACUAUAAACGAAGAAACAUAUGAAGAAGUGCACGGCCUCCUGCACGCCGCAUGCACUUUUAUAGCAACAAAAGUAUAUGUGAAUUAUUUUCAAAGUGUUGGCGGAUUUACCGUAAAAGAAGCUAUCAAUCUUUCUUUCAAGGAAGGUAUUAAAGAUAAUGCUACAGCGUCAUUUACAUGGCUUGGUGGAGAAGAAAAUCUACAACCUCUACAUAAUAAGCGCAUAAUAAUGGCAAUAUAUGAUGCUAUUUGCAACAAUCAAUAUUUUAAUAAACCGACUAAAGCAGAAUUUCAAACUAAUAUGAGAGAAGCAUUACGUUCUGCCAAACAGCGAUAUCGGAUGAGCAUCCGCAAACCAAAUGAACGGGAGCAACGUGCACCCAUUCUUUUGGAAUCAAGCAGAGAACGGAAAUCCGAUCCAAAACGAAUCCGCUUAAUACAAUGCCAGAACUAA